CCUCCUCAUCUGACUCUCUCCACCCGCCUGUCAACCAGAGUCGCCGCAAGCAUGGCUGACAAGUACAUCCCCGAGCAUCGCCGCACCGCCUUCAAGGCCAAGAGCGCCUUUAAGCCGGACGAACUCCGCCGCCGCCGCGAGGAGCAGCAAGUCGAGAUCCGCCGGGCAAAGCGAGAGGAAAACCUCGCAAAGCGCCGCGGUAUCUCUGGUAGAGACCAGCCGGGCGCCUCGCUCGGAGCCGCGCCCGACAGCGACGAUGAGGGCGGAAACAUCGAGAGCCAGUUGAACGAAGAGCUCCUCCCAGAUGGUCAAGGGCGUCUUUUCCGAGCAGAUUGAUGAGCAGAUCCAGGCGACGACAAAAUUCCGCAAGCUCCUGUCCAAGGAGCGCAACCCGCCCAUUGAGCGCGUUAUCGAGACGGGCGUCGUGAGCCGGUUUGUCGAGUUCCUCCGCUCCCCGCACACGCUCGUGCAGUUUGAGGCCGCAUGGGCGCUCACCAACAUUGCCUCGGGCUCCGCACAACAGACACAGGUCGUCAUCGAGGCCGGUGCCGUCCCUAUUUUCGUCGAGUUGCUCAGCAGCCACGAGCCAGAUGUCCGGGAGCAGGCCGUGUGGGCCCUGGGUAACAUUGCCGGUGACAGCCCCGCAUGUCGCGACUUCGUGCUGCAAGCUGGCGCACUCCGCCCGCUGCUGGCUCUCUUGGGCGACAGCCGCAAGCUGAGCAUGCUCCGAAAUGCCACUUGGACCCUGAGCAACUUCUGCCGUGGCAAGACCCCGCAGCCCGACUGGCAAACUAUCCAACCCGCCCUCCCCGUCCUUGCUAAGCUCGUAUACUCCCUCGACGACGAGGUGCUCAUCGACGCCUGCUGGGCCAUCUCCUACCUCUCGGAUGGCUCCAACGACAAGAUCCAGGCCGUUAUCGAGGCCGGCAUUCCCCGCCGUCUCGUGGAGCUGCUGAUGCACGCCUCCACAUCCGUCCAGACUCCUGCCCUUCGAUCCGUCGGCAACAUUGUCACCGGUGACGAUGUCCAGACCCAGGUCAUCAUCAACUGCGGAUCGCUCCCCGCUCUGCUUUCGCUGCUGAGCUCCACUAAGGAUGGUAUCCGCAAGGAGGCGUGCUGGACCAUCUCCAACGUGACUGCUGGCAACUCCACACAGAUCCAGGCCGUCAUCGACGCCAACAUUAUCCCGCCCCUGAUCCACCUUCUCCAGAACGGCGACUUCAAGACUAGGAAAGAGGCCUGCUGGGCCAUCUCAAACGCCACAUCAGGUGGUCUCCAGAAGCCUGCUCAGAUCCGCUACCUUGUACAGAGCGGCUGCAUCAAGCCCCUUUGCGACCUGCUGGUCUGCCCCGACAACAAGAUUAUCCAGGUUGCUCUUGACGGUCUUGAGAACAUUCUCAAGGUCGGUGAUAUGGACAAGGAGGCUGGUCAGGACGGAGCUGGCGGCGAGCCCAUCAACCGCUACGCUCUGUUCAUCGAGGAGGUUGGCGGCAUGGAGAAGAUCCACGAGUGCCAGAACAACGCCAACGAGGAGAUCUACAUGAAGGCAUACAACAUCAUCGAGAAGUACUUCUCCGACGAGGAGGGUGAUGCCGAGAACAUGGGCGAGACCGGACCUCAGGUCAACCAGGAAGGUCACUUCGGCUUCGGCGCAGGCAACACCCAGCAACAGCAACAGAACUUCAACUUUGCCAACGGUGGAGACUCGAUGGAUAUGUAAAAAUCUUGCGCCAAAAAAAAAGUCCUUCCCCGCCGAUUCCUCGUUGCAAUGCUGCAACGGCCCCCUCCCCGCGACACAGACGCAUCCGCCAAGCCUCCUGAUCCGAGGAGGCAGUGUUCAUUGUUUGGCUCGACAUCGAUUUCUGGACAUACUUCCCCCAUCCUGCGCAGCAAGACCCAAGCUUUCCUUCGCAAUACCCCCAUCAAUUCCCCUUGGCUACUUUGUUUCGGCCGCCCCAUUUCCACGACUCUACGCAGCAUGAAAGAUACACCGUCUUGUAAUCCCCCAAUGUUAUUAACCGCAUCAUAUCCCUGGCGUUGAGUGGUUGGCCUACUGCUUUGUGUUCUCUUUGAACAGCGGAAGUGUAGGACUGGGUCAGGUUGGGCAGGCAGUCUGCUCUGGGCGGAUUAGGAGCUCAAACAGCUGGGUGCACGAGCGUCAAGAACGCGCCAAACAAACCAUCUGUAUCAGCCAUGCCAUAUAGCUGAAUGUAUAGCCGUGCAAUCGGCACAUUAGAA